ACGCCGCCCCUCCCCUCCCAGGACCCAUCCGGCUCCAGCACCAGCCCUGGCUCCGUGAGCCGCCUGGUGGGGGCGCCUGGUGCCGAUGUGACCAGGAAGAGCCGCACAUGCAAGGCAGCUGCUCCCCUCGCCUGGGUGCCGACACUCGCGGCUCCCCGUACCUUGGCGGUCUACUUCAACCAGACCCCGGCUGCCAAGGUGGGCCAGGUGGGGGCGGUGGCGCUCUACGUGCUCAACAAGGGCAGCCUCGACCCCGCCAUCACCGCCAUCGACCUGCUGCUGCAAACGGCCUCCACUCAGCAGCAGCAGUGGGCUACCAUGUACACGGGUGGGCAGGGGCAGCGGCCGCAGCUGACAUGCCCGGGACUCAACCACUUCCCACUGUCAGCCGCGGCGCUGGCAGCAGUGCAGCCGCAGCUGACGUCAGCGGAGGUGCUGGCGGCCGAGGUGGUGGGGGUACGGCUGCAUGUCAACGAGGACCACCUUACCAACAAGGCGGACCUGCCCCACCUGGCGGCUGUAGGACUGAAGCUGCUGCAGACCUGAUGAUGCCCAUGCAUGCAUGUAUGCUCGUCGACCCCGCCCUGUUCAUCACCCACAGCUACGUACUGCAGGAGACAGUGUUUUGGCGUUUGUCCAUUGAUGGGGUUCCCAAGGAAGAGGGUCGGUGUUUGCGGCGGGCUCGUGUGCGUGAGUCCGGUUCUGUGGGCGUUGUACCUGGGCUUGCUGAUCUAGUUGCCCUGCUGUCUGCUGUUUUGGUGUCAGCUUGGUUUCAAGGAAGCGUUUUGGCGUCUUCCUAUUGAUGGGGUUCCCUUGCUGGGGAAUUCUCAUAUGUCUAGGGCUCGUCCGGAAUGUUGUGGUUGUGGGUCCGUUGUCUUGGGGGUGUCUCCGCGGUUGCAUUUUUCUGGGCUUGUCCUGUUGCUCGUGCUGUGGUUGAGCAGCUUGAGGUAACGCUGGGUGUUGCGGUUCCUCGGGCUGCCUUGUGGUUGGCGUUGCCUCCUUCGGGCGUGCAGCAGUGCGUUUGGGAUGUUGUUGUUUUGGCUGCUUUGUCCGCUAUGGAGGAGGGUCGGGCGGUUGUUACGGGCUCGUGUACGUGAGUCCGGUUCUGCGGGUGUUGCGUCUGGGCUUGCUGAUGUGGUGGCCCUGUCUGCUGUUUCCUGGUUCUGGGGUCAGCUUCGGGGUUUUGCUUGUUUGGGUGUUCCCCGUCGGGGAUGGGCUGGGGUUGGCCCUUUUCAUCCUUUCUUACGUUUUGUUGGCGGGCGGCUUUCUGUGUGCCGUUGAGCGUCCUGUUUUUGGCCCUGAUGUCUUUGGGGUGGUGUGUUCGUGGCUUCCGGUUUGGGUUGUCUUAUGCCCUAGAUGAGGUUUGUCGAGGUUUGCUGAGGGGCCCUUUUUUGGCUUCUACCCUCUUGUUUCCCUCCUGUGGUUUCUUUUAGGGCUAUGUAUCCCAUCUUGUUGGCCCGUUGUGGUGCUGUCUCUACGGUUUGUUUCGUUUCUUUUGCAAUGUAGGGUUGGGUUCAUCACCCGUGUUCCCUUUUAGGGCACCAAUGUAACGGUCAUUCAUUCAGCUCCCGGGUUUUACUUAUUUGGGCACCAAUGUAACGGUCAUUCAUUCAGCUCCCGGGUUUUACUUAUUUGAGUGUUCCUCGUCGGGCGGGCGGGGUGGGCUGAUCUUGGCCCUUCUCAUCCGUUCUUACGUGUUAGUGGUGGGGCGCUUUCUGCUGUAUUCGGUUGGUUGUUCGGUUUGGCCCCGUUUUCAGUUUGCGAGGUAGGGUGCCCCAGGCACCGUCUGCUGGCGUUUGAACGUAUACCUAAUCAUGUUGGGGUCCGGCUUUGAGGGCGAUGUUGUCAUGGUUCCUGGGUUGUGGUGUUUUUGGGGUCUGUGUAUGUAUGCGCCUGUUGCCCUAGUGCUUCCCGAGGUUUGCUGCUGAGGGGCCGUUUCUUGGCUUCUACCCACGCUUUUUGGCCUGCCCUUGAUUCUAGGCGCUCCGAUAGGCCGCGCCGUGGAAGCAAGGGAAAAGCCUUAGGGAACACCCUGGACUUAAGGUCCACGCAAAAUUUCCUAUUUAGGGAACAUCGCGCACGAAGCCAUAACAUUGUAACUGUUUCCAGACUAUUGCUAAAUGUAAGCC